AUGGUACGAUAUUAUUUGAAAGAUAUUGAUGAACCGUUAGAAUAUGAUCCUUUUGCAAUGGAUACUGAAGAAAUAAAUCAAGAUGAUGAAGAAUCUGAAGUAGCUGUAUUCACAAGAGACACUUUAAUCAAAGAUGUUAGACACACUUUGGUUCCAAUUGAGUAUCCUGCAACUUCAGAUGAAGGAAUUGCAUAUGUGUACCAUGUGGAAAAUUCUAAAGCUGCAUUUCAUGAUGUAAAUUUUGAAUUGAUUAAACUUUUUUAUAAGGAAAAAAAAAUUAUUAGUUGA